GUAUAUGCAAGUAAAGAAGAACACGUUCUCCACGUGACAGGACGCUGAUCUGAUUCACACGGAGCUGCUGAAGCUGUAUUAAAUAAACAAUGAAUGUAUCAGAGAGUUCAGUCAAAACCAGCGACUCUCCAGCGCUUCAGUCUGAUGUGUCUCAGCUGAAGAUCGGGUUCAUCGGAGCGGGACACAUGGCGUUUGGAAUAGCGCAGGGCGUCAUCGCGUCAGGGAAGGUUCCACCCAGUAAUAUAAUUAUUAGCGCUCCAUCCAUGAACAACCUUCCUCGCUUUCAGGAGAGAGGAGUUUCUGUCACUCACUCGAAUGACGAGGUUGUCGAUCGCUCUCGGUUGGUCUUCCUGGCCGUCAAACCUCACCUCGUCCCAAAGGUGCUGAAUGGAAUCUCCGGGAAUGUCACUCAGGAACACAUCAUCGUUUCCAUGGCAGCCGGAAUCACUCUAGAAACACUUGAGGAGAUAAGAUCCCUGAAGUUGCAAAGACUAAAUAUAAUGCCGAAUCUUCCCUGCAUGCUCCUGGAAGGGGCGCUGCUCCUCGCCUGCGGCUCAUGUGCGGGACAGGAGGAGGAGACUCUCCUGAAGGCCCUGCUAGGCCCGUGCGGAUUGGUGGAGGCGGGGCCUGAACCCUGGAUCGACGCCCACGUGGGCUUGAGUGGCAGCGGCGUCGCAUUCGUGUAUGUGUUUGCGGAGGCACUGGCGGACGGUGCUGUUAAAAUGGGGAUGCCCAGCGCUCUGGCUCGACGUAUCGCAGCACAGACAAUACUGGGCGCUGGCGUGUUACUGCGUGAUUCCGGGAAGUUCCCGGCGGAGCUGAAGGCCGAGGUUUGCACACCGGGAGGGACCACGAUUCACGGGAUCCACGCGCUGGAGAAGGGAGGAUUUAGAGCGGCUACGAUGGGAGCCGUAGAGGCGGCGACCGAAAGAGCCAGAGAACUGGGAAAGAAGUAGAUGGCCUUGAUAACGGAUUGA